GUGUGCAGGAGAGGAGUCGAGCAGAGAGAGCUGCUUUUUCAUGAAACGGGAGUAAAGUAGUGAACUUAGAGGAGAGACACAAACUAAAGUAUCGAUCAUAUACCACUACCAACGUUUGGAUCGAUAUCUGCAUCGAUCUGCCCACCCUUGUCUCCUGGAUCGUAGCUGAGAUCAGCGUGAACCACGUGGGUCUCUGCUCCCUGAUCUGUUUCCUGUGUUUGGAAAGAGUUCCAGCUUCAUCACGGAGUUUCUCUCGGUUUGUGGGCUCAUCUAAAGCUGAUCAUCGCUGAGCAGCAGAGGAACAUUUUCAGCCACUUGGACUCAGUCAUGAUGGAGGAAACGAUGGAUUCAACACAAAAGGACCAACAUGGAGAGAGAAGUCAGUGCUCUCAGGAGGCCGACAAACCUCACAGAAAUAAGGCAGAGGAAACAUACAGCUGUGACGAGUGUGGGAAGGAUUUUACUGGGCAGUCUAACCUGAAAUGUCAUCAACUCAUCCACACUGAAGAGAGACAAUUUAGCUGUGACUUGUGUGAAAAAUCUUUUACUAAGCCUGAACACUUAAAAACACACCAACUCAUACACUGCAGCGUUAAAGCGCUCAGCUGCGAUCAGUGCGGCAGAGUUUUCACUCAGUGUAGCAGCUCACCGAUGUAUCAAGUUACCCACCCUGGAAUUAAGGUGGAGGACUGUGACAUGUGUGGAAAAACUUUCAGCCAGUUAGGAUACCAAAAUAUACAACUGCCCAUUCACACGCUACAUGGUGAUUACUACUGUGAUCAAUGUGGCAAAAAGUGCGCAACAGACACAGAAUUACACCACCACAUGUUUACACACGCUAUGGAGAGACCUUAUAAAUGUGGCCUGUGUAAUAAGGCUUUUAUAACGCUACGGCUCCUGAAAAAACACCAACAUAUCCACACCAGAAAGAAACUCUACAAGUGCAGUUACUGUGAGAAGCAGAGCGACACAGAUGGAUCCACUUCUCAACCCUGUCAUCGCUGUGGUGGUGGGAAAGCGUUUCGUUGUGACCUUUGUGGAAAAACUUUCAAUCAGCAGCGGGGCCUAAAAUUACAUCAGCGUAGACACACUGGAGAUAAAAUGAACUACUGCAAAGAAUGUGGGAGAGGCUUCCCCACCCCAAGUGAAUUAAAAAUACAUGAACUCUGUCACAGUGGGGUUAAAAAGCACCUCUGUGACCAAUGUGGGUCAUCCUUCACCACUGCAUGUGACCUUAAAAAGCAUAAACGAGUCCACACAGGAGAGAAACCAUACAAGUGCAGACACUGUGACAAGAGCUUUUCACAAUCAAGUUGUCGUAACCUUCAUGAGAGUACACACAUUGAAGGGAACUUCAGCUGUGACCAGUGUGACAAGAGCUUCAUGAAUCUCAGUUCAUACUCCAAACACAAACGAUCGCACUCUGUUAAUAAACUUUUUCACUGUUACCAAUGUGCAAAAACAUUCACUUCAUUAUCUGCUCUGCACAACCAUCGGCGUGAUCAUGCAGGACUGUGAUCACUCUCAUCACUGGAUGACAAUGAAUCUGCAGAGACAGAAAGAUCCUCUUCCUGUUUCAGGGUCAGACUUAAAAACCUUGAGAUCAGGCUCCACAGAGUUCAGAUGGAAUCUCCUGUAAAGAGUGUCAGCUGAUGUCACACUUGGACCUGUUGGGGUAGCUCUGAUUUAUGGACCUGCAGUGAAUAAACCUGGAUGUUACAUUUAGGAAGCUGCAAGUAUAGAUAUGUACAU